AUGUCUGAGGUAGCGGCUACACCUGGCCCAUCUAGUGCACCGAUAAGAGAACCAUCAGCGACCCAGCCGUUUCCUGAGCUGUCUCCGCUCUCCCCACCGGUCAACGACUCUGACGUCCCUUCAUUACCUGGGUUCAGCGACUUGGACGACAAUGAUGGACUUCCCGAGUUGUCUCAGGUUUUCAAGACCAUUCUGGAUAGGUCGCCUUCGAAGAACCACGAGGAAGACAGCGAAAGCGAGUCGAGUGAAGAGGAGGAUGAGUUGGAUGAUACGGACGUGAAGGAGGAGGAAGACGAGGUUGAAAUACCGAAUGACGAUUCAAAGUCGAACGAUAGUUCUGACUCGGACGGGUGUUCCGAAAGCUCACCAAGCUUGCCACCUUCCGAUAUCAACGAUCUUGCUCGGUCAGACUCAGAAACCAGACAUUCAACGCGACAGAAUGAUGUUUCAAAGGCGAACGAUAGUUCUGACUCUGGCUCACCAAGCUUGCCCCCUUCUGAUAUGAACGGUUUCGCUCGGUCAGCCUCAGAAACCAGAAAGUUCAAGCGUCGUGCUCACAUAGAAGAUUCGGAAUCUGGAGAUGAUUCCUCUAACCCUUUCAGGCCCCCUCCAACACCUCCCACUCGUCUUCCAUUCGGACGCCCCACCCAGAAGUCUGUGGUAAACUCCGCGUCUGCUCUCCGCCAAGCAUCGAAAGCGUCGACGACCAACGGUGCGGACCAAGCUCCGUCUUCAUCGAAAUCGAAGAAGAGGAAGAGCGACAAUCUGUUUGACGAGUAUGGGGUUGUUCGACGCGAAAACAGCGGAACGAGACGGGAGUUCAACAUUCAGGCUCUCCUUGAAACGCUUGAACCUUACCCUGGUGCUGACCGUCACAAGGCUAAAAAAUCAUCGUCUUCGUCUAGUCGCGGGCAAGAAGACACCUCGUCGAGUUCGUCGAAGCCAACGUCCAAACCUCCUUCGACCAACGGCACCAGCGAGAAGUCCGGAUCGUCAUCCAAACCGCCAUCACUCCUCUCUAGAAUGAAGAAACGCGAUGAAAAAGCUUCGGUUCAAGCCCCUACAUCCGUCGACAAGGAUAAAAGCAAGGUAGCCUCGACGCCCAUCGACAAGGGUAAAAAUAAGGAACCAUCCGCGAAAUCCGAAGAUACACGAAAGAGCGUCGCCGCUUCUGAUGGGGUCCGAGCAACACCACAAACAACGAACGCGGUAGGGAGCUCGAGCUCGACGAAGCUCGAUGUCGCUCCGCAGCCUCCACCACCUCCGUCCUCCGUUCCUCGUCCUCGAAAACGCCAACGCUCAAACAGCGUCACGCUCCUUGAACCCUCCGCCACCGCUCCUCCAGGUCCAGCUCCCAAACGCCCACGCCCAUCCGUCACCUACGUCCCCGCCGCCAUCGGUCGGUACACCCGCAGCGAAACGCACUGGUACCUCGACGGCAGUUUGCUCGUUCAGCUCGAAAAGACGAGGUUCAAGUUGCAUCGCAGUCGGAUGGUGAAGGUUAGUGGGUGGGUGAGGUAUUUGUUGGGUGAUGUAGAUGAGAGGCUGUUCGUGAAGAGGGAGAUGAAGGAGAGGCAUUUGGGUGUUGAUGGGGAGGAGGUGGUGGUUAAGAUGGAUGGGCUGGGGUUCUCGGUGGGUGAGUUUGGGGAGAUGUUGGAUGCGUUGGAUGAGGCUAUAACCUUCGUUGCGAAACCACCUUCGUUCCUCCGAACGGCCUCCAUCCUCCGCGUCGCACACAAACUCGAUAUUCCGAUGUUCGAGUCCUGGGCACGAGAUGUGAUAACCAAGACUUGGUCCGCCAACCUCGACGAUCUUACCCCAGAACCGAUACCGUACGCGGUGGAGACCGUUGCUCUCGCCCGCCAAUGUAACCUCCCAUCCUCUGUUCUCAAACGCGCAUUGUACGAGAUCGUGCGACGGGAUAACUACGAUUUGGAUCGACAGGUUGGGGAUGGGGACGGGAUGAGCGAGGAAGAGGAGAUGGAAGUGGAGGAGGAGCGGUGGGUUGAGAAGAUUGAGGACGGGGUUAAGAAGGAUGGGGACGAGGACGAGGAGGAUGAUGACGUGGUGGUUGUGGUGAAGAAGAAGACGGGGAGGCCGAAGGCCAAAGGCGGUGGUUGGAGGAGAUGA